AUGGCGCAUUCAAAGCGUAACACGUCCCUCCCCCAUUUCACCUCCUACGAACGGGGUCUCCUCCGCGAAUCAUGGGGCUCCAAAAAACACGCCAUCGGCCGCGAUAGCUUUCUCUCAUUCGGCAGCUGCCGUCUUUGCCUCCAACCCGCCAGAAACCCAGUAGCAUGCAGCAGCAAUGGCGACCUCUUCUGUCGCGAAUGCGCAAUCAAUGACCUCCUCGCCCAAAGACAAGAAAUCAAGAGACUUGAGCGAGAGCGCGACGAGGCGCGCAAGCGCAUUGCGGAAGACGACGAGCGCGCGCUGGGCGAAGCUCGGGCUCGUGAUUUGAGGGACUUUGAAAUGGUUUCCAUGGGGCUGGAGGCUAAGGCUAAGAUGGCUGGGGAGGAUAGCAAGAGGGCGAGGGCGGAGGGGCUGGAGGCUAUUGGUGGUGGGGCGAAGAAGAGGAAGAUCGAAGAAAGUGAGGCGAUCGAGAAGUUUGGGCAAAGGGAGGUUGUGGUUGAUGGAAAGAAGAGGAAGGUUUUUGAACUUGGGGUGGAGGAGAUGGCUAGGGUUGCGGCUGAGGAGAAGGAAAGGCUGAAGAGAGAGGUCAAGGAGGCAAAGGCCGGGUCUACCAAGUCCGCUCUGCCGUCCUUCUGGGUUCCUGCUCUCACGCCCGGCACGGAUGCGGAUGAAAUCAUUGCCAAUAAGGCAGUCAAACUCACACCUAUUUGCCCUGGGUCUACGGAUGAUAACCAACAUCCAUAUUCGCUCAAGUCGCUAGUCGAUGUGCAUUUCAUAGAGGAGAAGGCUUCCGAUGGGACUGUGUCGAGAGUGUGUCCCAGUUGCAAGAAGAAUUUGAGCAAUGGGCUCAAAGCAAUGCUCACAAAACCCUGCGGCCAUGUUAUGUGCUUACCGUGUGUAACGAAAUUCAUGACUCCACAAGAUCAUCACGUUCCUGAUCCCCAUGCUUCGAAGGAGGAGCAGGAGAAAACUGCGGCAUUGCACGGAGUGGUUUUGUGUUACGUCUGCGAAGCGGAUAUUACAGCGCGGCCAAAAGAGAAUGGAAAUGGGACCAGCAAGAAGUCUAAGAAGAAGGAUAAGGAUGCUAUUCAACCUGGUCUCGUUGAAAUCAGUUCCGAGGGAACUGGAUUUGCUGGUAAGGGUGGGAAUAUGGGGAAAAAAUCCGGUGUUGCAUUCCAGUGCUGA